AAAAAAGCAUUUUGCUAGAUGUCUUUUUAUUGUUACCUACUGUUUGUAGUUCUUUGAAAAUGGCUUCCUUUAUAAAUCAUAGAACAGAAAUUAAACAAGAAGAAUUGUGUAGAACUUGUUUGUCUAAAGAUAAUCAAUUAUUGUCGAUAUUUGAUGAACUUAGUGGAACUACAACAACUUUAGAUUACAUAGUCGCUGCAACAACUGGCCUGAAGAUAAGCAGAAAUGAUGGGUUACCUUCAACAAUUUGCUGCGAGUGCAAGGAAAAGGCUACAAAUGCAUUUGAUUUUAGAAGAAAGUCAGAAGAGGCCAAUUUAUCUCUUAGAGGAUUUAUUAAGAAAGAGAAAGAAACCUACACAAAUACCAAAAAAUUAAGCCAUACUGAUAUGUCAGGAGUGAAAACUGAAGAUUUACCACUACAUGAAGAUGAUGAUUUUGCUGAUAAUAAUUAUGACACACUCGACAGUGGGCCAGACUUAUCUGAGCUAGAUUCUGUUAAAAUUGAGAUUGAAGGGCUCGAACGAAAAAUAUGCUUUGUUUGCAAAAGUUGCCUUGCUGAUUUCGACUCACCUGAAAAAUUAAAAGAUCAUGAAAAGAUAUGCAUCAAAGUGGAGUGUGAUGAGACUAAUCGCACUUACUGCCCUCUCUGCGGUACAUGUUAUAACGGUGCUGGAAACUUAACUAAACACAUGUGGGAAAGUCAUGCCGAUCUGAUGGGACCGAAAAAGAGAGGCCGACCAAAGAAGGUAUUAACUAGUACCAUUCUCAACAAAUUAUCUGAAAAUGGAUUUUGUAUAACAUCUAUGCCUGCGAAAAAGAUAGAGUGUGCAUUCUGCAACGAGCAUUUCGAAACCAAAGAAGAAUUAGGAUCUCACGUAAUAUCUCAUAAAGAUAAAAAAGUUUUGCGUUGUGGAUUAUGCAAGAAAACGUAUCUAGAUAAGAAACAUUUUGAUUUACAUGUUUGUGCUGAUGAUAAAGAAGACAGUGAAAAUGAAACUAACAAAGGCGAACAGAAUGAAAAAAUACCAUUAGAAAUGACACUACGGCAAAUAUUAGAUCCAAAUGACGAUGUGGAAAACUUCAACUUACUCCUAGUAUGCAGUGCGUGCAACUGCAUACUGCCAUCAGAAGCGGAUCUCAUUAACCAUCGCGACGCUGAGCACCCUGAACUGUCACAUCGCUGCAAUCUCUGUACCAAGGUAUUUGCAACUUUACGGUCUGCCGCGCGUCAUAGAAGCAUUUGUAAACAAAUUGAAAGAAAAUAUAAGUGUACCACUUGUGGCUUAAAGUUUGCUUAUCAAAUAUCUUUAAAUAAACAUAUACUGAGGUACCAUGAGGGACAAAGCGUGUCCGUGAAGUUUAUAGACUCUAAAACCAAACGAGAAGAAAGUCAGUUUCAAUGUGAUACCUGUAAAAGAACCUUUAGCAAACGAGAAUUACUAGUAAAGCAUACUAAAAUACAUAUGCCAAUUGAAAACUAUUUUGAAUGUGAUGUCUGCCAAAAGAAGUUUCACAGAAGGGAUAACUUACGCUCUCACAAACGAGUGCAUGAAAUGCAUCGUGAUAAGAAAUCAACAAGUAACUGUUUAUGUCUAUACUGUGGCCGCAGUUUCUCAAAUUCUUCAAACUUAAUUGUGCAUAUGCGACGACAUACUGGAGAGAAACCCUACAAAUGCGAUUUCUGUGGCAAAGGAUUUCCGAGGUCUUCUGAUCUCCAAUGCCAUAGAAGAUCUCACACAGGGGAGAAACCGUGCAUAUGUCGUGUUUGUGGCAAAGGAUUUUCGCGAAGCAACAAGUUGUCCCGUCAUAUGCGUGUACACACUGGCCAGAGGCCAUACAAAUGCACCUAUUGCGAAAAGGCAUUCUCACAGAGCAACGACCUCAACUUGCACAUACGGCGACACACGGGAGAUCGGCCAUACAUUUGCGAAGUCUGCGGUGACAGAUUCAUUCAGGGUACAGCGUUGCAAAAUCACAGAAGAGCUCAUGGUCACUUUCCUACUUCACCUCCUGAAGCACCAUCCAAUGUACAGACUCUGACUUACACAGUACAGAGUAUAAAUCCCAGUAGUAACUAAAUGUAGUUCUGACACCAGCUGUAUUAUAAUCAUAAUUGUCACCAACAUUGUACAGAUAUUAAAGAGAAUGAAGGUAGACUGAUGAUAAAUAGGUUUCCUACGUGAGUCCAAGAGUAUUCUGUAUGCAUAUGAUCAAGAUUUACUCGCUCCAUCGAAUUAACAGCUGUAAGAUAUGGUUUCUGUUGUGAAUGGAUUAUACAAGUAAUGAAGAUAUUGGUUUUCUAAAGCGGUCAAGAUGUGUCUGUAACUUGUUUGUUGAGGAUGAUAUUGUAGUGCCAACACUUAUUUGUAUAUUAGUGCGUUCUUUGAGA